AUGGUGAUGGGCCCCGCGGGCGCGGGCAAGUCUACCUUUUGCGCCUCCCUCAUCACACAUCUCCAACUAAACCGCCGCUCUUGCUUCUACGUCAAUCUCGACCCCGCCGCCGAGUCCUUCGAGCACACCCCAGACCUCGACAUCCGCGACCUCAUCUCCGUCGAAGAUGUCAUGGACGAGCUCAAGCUUGGGCCCAACGGCGGCCUGAUUUACUGCUUCGAGUUCCUCAUGGAGAACCUCUCCUUCCUCGAAGAGUCCCUCAACUCCGUUACAGAAGAGUACCUCAUCAUCUUCGACAUGCCCGGCCAAAUCGAACUUUAUACCCACUACCCCGUCCUCCCCGCCUUGGUCAACUUCCUCCGCUCCCCCGGCAAUCUCGACAUCAGGCUCUGCGCCGCUUACCUCCUCGAGUCAACCUUUGUCGUCGACCGCGCCAAGUACUUUGCUGGGUCUCUGAGCGCCCUGAGCUCCAUGUACAUGCUCGGGUUGCCUCACUUGAAUAUCUUGAGCAAGAUGGACCUUGUCAAGGACCAAAUCAGGAAGAAGGACUUCAAGAAGUUUCUCGUACCGGAUACGAUGUUGAUCGAGGAGGACCCACAGGAGGUUGAGGCUAGGAAAGCCGGGGUUGACUAUCAACCUCCUGUUGAGUCUGAGACGGAUGCUUUGAUGUCGGGCGCUGGGUUCAAGAGAUUGAACAAUGCUGUUGCGCAGCUGCUCGAGAACUUUAGCAUGGUUCACUACCACAAACUGGACUGCACAGAUGAGGAUAGCGUUGGCGGCAUUCUCAGCUAUAUUGAUGAGUGUAUUCAGUGGGCUGAGGCUCAGGAACCCAAGGAGAUUCCUGAUGAGGAGUACGAUGAUGAGGAGUAA